UGCGUAUACAAUCAGUUCAAUCAUGUAAGCUGAAUAUAGGAUACCAGGUCCCGUCACGUUCAUUAACCGAUUGCUCGAAGCUUCUUUUUGAGAAAUUGUUUGUAGGUUGUCAUGGUGAUGUCUGUUUUUGCUCUUUUGUUAUAUACAGGAAUACUAACAACGGGUUUUGUUUCUGGACAAUUCACUUGUCCCGGAACAGUAGAUGACAAUUACCCCAACCCUAACUCAUGCAGAUCCUACUGGAGAUGUAGGAACAAUAUAGCUACUCUUGUAACAUGUCCCACUAAUAGUGAUUCAGGUCCGCAACAUUUCGAUCCUAACCGAAAGCUAUAUGUGAUUUGGCGUAUAGAGCUGGAUGCAUUAAUACUGCGUGUCAACGGCAUGUGACAUCCAUAGGGACGCGAACAUAUGUAAACACACGAGGAGCCGCGGCGAGAGACGGAGCUUGGAUGACCGACCAAGUACCCAUUGAUGAAUCAUCUGUGUCAAAAAUUUGGAUUUUUGAAGGAACAAGAUCCGACAGACUACUCCAGUUCAGUAAUCUUGAAAACUUGAAUAACAAUAUCACCGAAAGUAUAUUCACGAUGCCCUUUGAAUGCAUGGGAACAGGCUCCCUAGUGGCAAAUGGACGAAUUUACUGUCAUAUCUACGGCACAAAGUACAUGAUGCAAUGUUCUCUGAAUACUGGAUCAUGUGUGGAAAGAGCACUUCCCGAUAUUGGUAUUGGGCCGGAUGAGGAAUAUUCUCUCAAUGGACUGAAUAACUUUAUAGAUUUCCAGCAUACUGAGCAGGGAAUAUGGGUCUUGUAUGCUAGUAUCUUCAACAGCUUUAAUGUUAUCAUCGAGAGAAUCGACCCAGUGAAUCUAACUGUUAUUGAAAGGUAUGAAUCAGCCAUUCCAAAAAGAUUAAUAGGCAAUGCCUUCAUCGUGUGUAGCGAUGUUUAUGGCAUCGAAAGGGCCGAUGGCACCUCAUCGUAUGUAAGUUACAAGUACGACAGAAUAGCAAAUACGACUACAAGCCUCUCCAGGAACCAGCUUCCGUUCAACCACACACUUGGGUGUGGUAGCUCUGCCUGGAUCACGCAACUUAGUUACAACUGGGUUGCGGAAAGACUUCUUGUAUGGAACUGUGGCAUACAGGAGAUGUACGACUUGACAUUUGUGAAAUAACGUUUUUAGAAGCAUAGAAAUGACUAGUGACACAAAAACGCGACCCCCAAUUUUGGGCUCUGUACAGUUUUAGUGAAAACAAAUUUUGGGCGUCGCAUCAAUAUUUUAAUAAAUUCAGAUUUUCAAAUAUGGUAUAUAUAAGGGUUAUGUACUGGGAGGUUUUGGAUACAGGUUUUAUC